AUGCGCUUCCUCUGCCUUCACGGACAUGGCACGAAUUCUCAGAUACUUGAGACUCAACUGGAGCCAUUGAGAGCCCAUCUGCCUACAGAUUGGGAAUUCGACUUUCUGGACGGCGAGAUGGCAGCAGAGCCGGCCACCGGUGAGAUGAUUGUCCAAAACACCCCAACUCGAUGCCACAUUACUGACGAGUAUAUUCUGAGCAUAGGCAUUGACCAAAUCUUUCCUGGGCCCUACCUCUGCUACCACGGAGAGCCGGUCCCCAGCGAUGUAUGGAAUGCCUACAAUCUCAUCAUGGAUGUAGUUCGAGAGGAGGGGCCAUUCGACGGCGUAAUCGCAUUUUCACAAGGUGCCGCAGUGGCAGCGACAAUAAUUGCCCAUGAGGCAGAGGUCAAUCCGGAGGCCGAUGUCUUCAAAGUCGCCGUGUUCCUCUCCGCCACAAUGCCUUUUGACAUGGAGGCCGGUCUAUUGACACUGAUGUAUAAUGGCCAUGUGGAUACUAUAGAGGCAAAGUAUCAGAGCCAGUCUAAUGCAGCACAUUGCGAGAUUGAUAACAACGUCAAUUGGCUUGAGGACUGUCGAACAGCUGGCGUCAUUCAGGAAUUCCAGGCUAGAAGAGCGCAUCUCCACGGUUCAGGCCGACAGAGCAUAGAUGUCUUGCUCCGCUAUCAUCCGUCCAUCCACGAUGUAAAGAUUGGUAUCCCAACAGUUCAUGUGAUUGGUAUGAAGGACGAUUAUGCGGAUCACGGGCGGAAUCUGGCGGGUAUAUGUGACCCCAAGGUCUCGCGGGUCGUGACGCAUGAAGGAGGUCAUCAGUUACCCAGAGACGCUCGUACUCUCGCUAAGACUGCAGAGGCAAUCCAGUGGGCAGUAGAUCGGACGUUAUUCUUGAACUAG